AGCCCCCCACGGUGCGAGUGUCGGGGAAGAAGGCCGACGGGAUGCUGACCUUGUCGUGCCGCGCGUACGGCUUCUACCCGCGGCCCAUCACCGUCAGUUGGCUGAAGGACGGCAAGAUCAGGGAUCCCGAGACGGAACGGGGCGGCAUCGUCCCCAACGCCGACGGCACCUACUACACCUGGGCGUCCAUCCAGGCGCGCGAGGCCGAGAAGGACAAGUACCGCUGCCGC